AUGGCUCCCGUCGCUAUCACCCCCGAGGCCUCCCCCGAGCGCCCUAUGGUCGUCAAGAAGGUCGACGGCCCCAACCGCUCCAAGUCGAGCUCCGUCUCCUCUUCCCACUCCGUCCACUCCGUUAAGCUGAACGACGGCAACACCAUCCCCACCGUCGCCCUUGGUGUCUACAAGGCUCCCAACGGUCAGGAGACUGAGGACGCCGUCACUGCCGCCCUUGACGCCGGGUACCGCCACAUUGACUCGGCCGCCCGUUACGCCAACGAGGAGGCUUGCGGCCGUGCCAUCCGCCGCUGGCUCGAGAAGACCGGCACCCCCCGUGAGGAGGUCUUCAUCUGCUCCAAGCUCUGGGAUGCCGACCACGGCUACGAGGCCACCUUCAACGCCCUCUGCUCCUCCCUCGCCAAGUUCGGUCUCGAGUACCUUGACCUCUACCUGAUCCACUCCCCCGCCGACGACGAGGAGAAGCGCCUCGAGUCGUGGCGCGCUCUCGAGACCGCCCAGCGUCUGGGCAAGGUCAAGUCCAUUGGUGUCUCCAACUUUGGUGCCGCUCACAUCGAGAACCUGAUCGAGAAUGCCACCGUCGUUCCCGCUGUCAACCAGGUCGAGGUUCACCCCUUCUGCCAGCGCCAGGCUCUGGUCGACCUCUGCGACAAGCACGGCAUCAAGAUUGAGGCCUACUCUCCCUUGGCCCGCGGCAACAAGCUCGAGGACCCCACUAUUGGCCAGAUUGCCGAGAAGUAUGGCAAGACCCCUGCCCAGAUCCUUCUCAACUGGAACGCUGCUCGCGGCAACGUUGUCCUCCCCAAGUCUCUGACUGCCCACCGCAUCAAGAGCAACUUCGAGUCUUUCGACUUCAAGCUCUCUGCCGAGGAUGUCGCUACCAUUGACGCUCUCGAGUCCAACUACGUCACUGGCUCCAUGCACAAGUCCGAGGACUAA